AGGGGAGGAGAGGAGAAGCCCGACGAGGGCCGAGGCAGCCGGCCGUCCCGUGUUCCGCCGUUGCAGAGGAGCGAGGCCGAAAGGGCUCCAUCGCAGCGAAGCUGCCGGAGGAAGGAUGAGGCCCCUGCUCUGCUGCCUGGGGCUGGCCACGCUCCUGGGGCCUGGCCUAGCCUGUCCCAGUGCCUGCUCCUGCUCCGUCAAGAAGAAUGGGCGGCUGCUGGCAGAGUGUGCCUACAAGGAUCUCCAGGAGGUACCUGAGGGAUUGUCUUCCAAUGUGACCAUCCUCACCUUGUCAGCCAACAGGAUCAGCUGGUUGGGGCCAGACUCCUUCGCUGAGGUUCCGGAAGUGCAGUCACUGUGGUUGGGCUACAACCAGAUCAGGGUGGUGGCACCAGGAGCUUUUGCCCUGUUGGUGCACCUGAAGAACCUGGAUCUGAGUCACAACAAGAUUGCAGAUUUCCCCUGGCAGGACCUCCGUAACCUCAGUGGGCUGCAGAUCCUGAAAAUGAACAACAACCAGCUGGCUGGGCUGCCCCAGGACGCUUUCUACUCCUUGAAGGACCUGCGCUCCCUCUGGCUCAACGACAACAAGUUGACCACCUUGGCUGAGGGCACCUUUGACAACCUGCCCUCCCUGUCCCAGUUGCAGAUCUUUAACAAUCCCUUCAACUGCUCCUGCAAGGUCUUCUGGCUGAAGAAGUGGACUGAGAACACUUCUGUCUCCAUUACCAAGGGGGGGUCUACCCUGUGCGUAGCUCCUGGCAGGCUGAAGGGCAGGGCAGUGACAGAUAUCCCCGACCACCACUGUGUGGCCCCCUCUGUGCAGCUCACCUACCUCUCCAACCUGGACAACAGUGUCAUGUACGAUGGCCUCACGCUGACUCUACACUGCAGUGUGGCCGGCAGCCCUCUGCCAGAGAUCACGUGGAAGAUCCAGACCUCCAGCCGCCGCGUUGAGCUCAAUGGGCCCAACGUGGCGCGGGAUGGAAACGUCAAGCAGAGCCAAGAGCGUUUCUUGGUCUUCAAGAACGGCACCAUGGCCAUCCCCAAGUUCAGCAAAGAGGAUGAAGGCAUCUACACCUGCCUUGCUGUCAAUGAUGUGGGCAUGCGGGAUGUCUCGGUCAACGUGGCCUUGGCUGGGUCAGAGAACCCAGCUGAAGACCUGCUCCGAGAUGACCCCCAAGCCAGCCACCUUGGGGGGCAAAGCUGCUACAAGGGUGAUGAAAUGGAUCCCUCUGGUGCCGGAGAAAAGCUGGUGAUUGUUUACCACAUGCCAAGGGAGUCGAAGAGCAGGGCUGGAGGAGUGAUGCCCCAAGUCCACCUGGGGACCCUCCUCCUGACUUUGGGUACUGUGCUCUGCUGUUAAAGGGGGGAGAAGGAAAUGAUAUUUCAGGGGUUCCCCCUCUUUCUGUAGCAUUUAUCUUCACAUAGUGCCAUGUCUUUGCUGAGCUUCUGGUAACUGUGGGUGGUCAGGAGUCAAAGGGGGCUAAGAUUCAGGGCCAGGGCUGGUAGCUAAACACUUCCUUAGAUGGGGAUCAGGGCUGAACUCCAUUAGUUGAGAGCUUUAAACAAGCUCGGGUGAUGGGAAGCAAAUCCUCACUGUGCUGCCACUUUCUAGGUAUCCAAAUCUGCCACUUCCUGACUUAUUUCCCUCCUGAGACCAAAGCAUAACUGCAGGAUUAAAAUCCUCCCUCAACACAGUGACUAUCACCCAUCCCCAGAGCCCACCACCACAAGCCCUCUUCUACCCACAGCAUCAAGCUGUGACCAGGGAGGGGAUCCUCUUGCAAAGAGGAUCCCAUGAGUCCAGCAGCACCAAAGAUAACAUCCUCAACAUGAGCGGUGACCAGGCCCAUGGCCAGGUGCAGCCUUCCUACCACCAGCCUCACAUGAAGAAUCAGGAGCAGGACCAGUCUGAGAGUGGGGCAAUAGCCUGGGCAUGGGGUCCUAGGGGCACAGAAAUAUGAUGGUAAGCAGGAUGUGUAUGGUAGGACUUGUUGGAUGGGCCUACAGGCUUACAUCAGGCCAUUAUUGCUAAGCAGGAGAAGCAUUUCUGCAGGCUUCGUCCCUACAGGAGCACAAAGGGCUCCAGGGUGCCUGCACCCUCCCUGCACAUUGCAGGAUCAGGCCCUGCCACCCUCAGUACCUUUCCCAGAUGUGAUGCAGCUGAUUUCCCCCCUGUCUCUUCCACCGCUGGAGCCUGUGGUCCUGAACGCUUGGCUGGGCUGGACCCACCAAGCUGCUCUGCUCCCACUCCAGCUCUGACCCUGGGCAGGGGAAAGGAUUGGGCCCAAAGAGACCAAAAUAAUUUCCCAGUGCUCUCUGAUGGGAAACUGAGCAAAGGCUGUAUGAUAGAGCAGGAGAAAGAAAGACUGGAAAACCCCAGAUGACACAGAGAGAAGCUGAGCUGACCUAUAAGCCGUAAACACACUCUUUUAAGUGCUUUAGCAUUCCCACAUGAGUCAUAUAUGCCAUACCCAGCUGUUGUGGGGUGCUAGGGGAUCCCUUGUCUCAUGGCAGGAGGCUGAGCAUCUCCAUCUCCCCCACCCCAGGCACAGUGGUCCAGCUCUCACACCUUCUGCCAACGCUCACCUGUGGGAGCUGGAUGGACCCCUGCAGCGCCCCCCCCCACCUUAUAACCAAAACUGUAUGAACAGCAAUAAAUACUGUUGUGUUUUUUAAAACAA